AUGGCCACCCAGAAGCAUCAGAAACAGGCAGAUAAGACUGACCGCUCCAGCUUCUUCGUGACCCGGGCGUCGAUGCCGAAAUCCUCCAGCCUGACAGACCAGGAACAAGAUGGCGAAGGCGGAAACGCCACGAUGUCGCUGCAAACUUCACCAGGGCCUCAAAACCUGCCUGUGACCCAGUACUUCUUGCAGAGCUCCCUGUAG